AGUUGAAAAAUCGAUGGCAUUCUCGUAACCGCGUUUAUUAUUAUUGAUUGCAUCUCAUCGUAUAUCCGAUCGAUCCCAUCCACACCUUGUUCGGCCCCAGCGAGUCUCCGACGACGACGACGACGACGACGACAAUGGCGAAGCCGUUUCUCCUCCUCGCCCUCUCCAUCGUCGUCUUCGCGUUGCUGUUCUCGGAGGCGUACAGCGAACAGGAAACGCGCUCCACCUACAUCGUCCACGUGUCCCCCGCCCACGCUCCGCCCCAGUCGUCGUCGUCUCCGGCGCUCCUCCGCCGCGCGUACUCGUGCGCGCUCGGGUCCAUGCUCCCCGAGCGGCUCCGGCGCCCCCGCCCCCGCCUCCUCUACGGGUACUCCCUCGCCGCCUCGGGCUUCGCGGCG